CGCGGGCGCGCGUGGUGUCUCCGCAUGUGACGUAGUAUUACUUAGCGCGCAGGACUCGUAUGGGUACGGAAAGUCAGAGAGAGGGGAUUUGUGGAUCACUUGUCAACUAGUGUGCAAUCUCUGGUCUAGGAUCUAGAUAACAUCGACAUGUCGGGGGAUAACGAAGAAACUCAAACGGCAGAGGAGACACCAAUGGACGACAAGGACAUCCAGGACAAGGUGAUCAGUCCUGAGAAGGCUGAGGAGGCCAAGCUGAUGGCCAAAUACCCCAAAAUGGUACAUAAACCUGGAGGAUCUGAACUGCUUCGUAAACACCUGACAAAAGGGCAAAAGUACUUUGACUCUGGAGAUUACAACAUGGCCAAAGCAAAGAUAAAGAACAAGCCGUUGCCGACAGCUGCACCAGAGAAGACCGAGAUCACAGGGGACCACAUCCCCACCCCCCAGGACCUGCCCCAGAGGAAACCUUCUCUGGUAGCCAGCAAACUGGCAGGCUGAUCCACGUACACAUACAGCCCCUGCAGAACCCCCACCCCCCCACACUCCUUCCUUCUCCUCAACCCUAACCCUCUACACUCAAGUCUCAGAGCUGUAACAUUACCUCUCCCGCCCCUCACAGUACCACCUGUUCCCUGCCUCUUCCCCCUCCCCACUAUCCUGAACCCAGCCCAACAGGAAACCCACACCUAGCAGCACCCAGCAAACUGGCUAGCUGAUACCUUCAACCUUUUAUUUUGUUUCCAUCCCAUCUGGCCCUGUCUCUACUACCUCCCCCCCUUUGUUUUGUCUACUGCUACUCCCCCAAAACUUACAGCCCAUUUGUCAUUGUCCUCUUACUUUUCCACGUUCCUUUUUUUUUUUUGUUUCUAUUUACUUCCAUGUAAAGACAGGACAUCAGAGUGUGAGUGUGAUGUGGACUGUGACGCCUCUUUUACAACCAUGUUUUGUACUGGCUGUAGAGAGGAGCGAGCAGAAGAAACUAUGUCUUGUACAGUUGAAGGGCUUCAGUAAGGUCACCAGGACCCUCAGUUUGGAAGUUUGUGUAAAUAUAUAUAUUUCCUUUUGUUUGGCACAGGGGCAGACGUUGGCCUUUUUAGAAUGUUUUACAUCAGAUUUGUAUCAUUCACUGUAUGUCCUUAUUCUAAAUUAUGCUGUCAGUAUGUUUGAUCGAUUGACUAAAUAUAGUAAUCUGGAGGCCAAGCUCAGUUUUAUUAACACUUCCAUUGUAAAUCAGGAGGGAAAGCCGUGCUAAAGGACCACACAGUGAAAGGCCAGAGUGUUAUAUGGAACUGCAUGUGUGAUGCAAAGACCAUUCUUAUUGAGCUCCAUGAUAAUUCAUCAAAGUGCACUGAGCACAUACAUUUACACAGAUGCUAAAAAGCUCAGGUGCAGUUUAAACACACUGGGUUUCAUCAUGUACAGGGUGCAUUCAAGACAUCUUGAAACUUGAAAGUGACCUAGUUUUAAAAGUGACAGCAGAGUUUGAGCUGCAUUGUUGAAAGUUUACACUGUAUUUGUUUUGUGCAGAGCAUUUUGGCCUCAAAUGACAACUUAGUCCUUCUCACGCCAAAGUCUCUGGUUUAAAAUAGACAUGAAUGAAUCAUCUUGCUCCAACAGAGGAGUAUAUGGGACCUGAGGGAUAAACUCCUGUCAGUAGAGACCAGUCUUUGUGUCCUGUAAUCUGUGUGACUAGACCUAUUUCAUGUUAAAACAAUACUGGGAACAGCUUUGGUCACUGGGAACAAAAAGUGUUUGAAUUCUUUUCAAACUUGGACAAAAAAAUCUUCUAAUCGUAUAAGUUCAAGUAGUUUGAUCUUUAAAAAAAUGAUCUUGACCAUGUAAAGUGCUUUUCCAGGGUCCUAACUGACUGGAUGACAUUUACCUGCGAUGUGGUAAAUCUAAGCUAGCACUACAUCCGUCUGUGCUGUGCAUGUAUAUGGCUGCCCUGCUGUCACUUUGUGCCAUUUUGUUUUGUAAAUAAAAUAGUUUUGCACAAAUGUUCAA